AUGUCAUCGUCAUCAUCAGCUUCAGAAGAAGUUGGAGGAGGAGACAGUGGAGGUUCUUCGUCUCGAAGACGAAGGCGUAGAGGUGGUAGAAGUAAUGGUGUUUGGCCGGAGCCAUUCUUGGAGGCUUUGGCUAGACAAAUGGCCAUUGAUGCUUCUCGUUCCAUUGGUCGUCUUGCUGCUGCUCAAGCACUCUCUAAUCUUUUUCAGGUUUGUUCAACAUGGAGAGCAGUGUCACGGUCCGAUCUGCUAUGGCAAAGUUUAACCACCCGCAUAUGGAACCGCCAUCACCUUCUACGCCAUACAUGGCACGACGAAUACAUAUACUGGCACCAAACUUCCAACAAUUUACGCCACAGUAGAUACAUUUACCACACUCUCCAUUUUGUACCCGAAAUCAACAACGACAACAACAACGAUGGUCUCUCAUGCAGGCGCCUCGCAUUAUCCGAUCACCAUUUAGCCGCUGGAUUCUCCGAUGGUUCGGUUCAAUUGUUUCAUCUACCUACUAGGGUACAUUUGUCUACGUUCCGUCCGCAACAGCGUGACAGGCUCGGACGAUAUUCUAGGGCUGUUUCGGGUAUUAUUUUGACGGAUGAGAACCUUGUUUUUGCGUCAUUGGAUGGUGAUAUACAUGUGGUGGUCAUUGGCGGAGCGGCUCCGCCUCGGCGUGCUCACUUAGGGGAUGUGGUGAAUGAUGGUGCUUUGGUGGAUUUCACUGGUUGUGAUCGGUGGUGGAUUGGCCUCUAUGCAGGUGUUCCAGGGAGGGCAUUUCACAUAUGGAAUAGUGAAACGGAGGAACUAAUCUUUGUCGAUGGCGACUUAACCGAUCCCGAGGCAGUAACGGGUUGGCACCUCCUGACUGAGUUAACCGAGCUCGUGGGCCGCGUCCGGAUCACAGCCCGAGACACUGCUGUGGCAUGUACUGGCCCACGACUCGUCGUUAUCGACUUACAUAACCAAGGGUUGAUACUCCGAGAACGAUUCUUCCAACAAGAGCUCAUAGUAGGAUCUUUCGACGCCACGAAUGAGUUGCUCGUGGCAGUAGACGGACGGGGCGUUGCCACUGUCUGCAGGACCGAGGAUUUGGAUGAAUCUUGCAGGUUUAACGUGAGGGGAGCGUCGCAACGGGGGGUCAUUGGAAGCAUGAAUAAUAGUGGAUAUGGAGUAAUGUGUGUGGGAGGGCUUAUUAGGGUUUGGGAAGUAGAAAAUGGGGUAUAUCUUUAUAGUUUAAGGGAGAAAAUAGGGGAGGUAAAUGCCAUGCAUGCAGAUGAAAGGCAUAUAGUAGCUUGUUCUAGUGAUGGUACUAUUCGUUUGUGGGACUUUGGGGCUCAAUAG